GCGCGCACGCUCUUUUUCGCCCCGCCGAACGUCAGGAGAGACGCAAAGAGUGCCCGCCUCCUCUUCUUCACCGCAGAAAAGCGAUAAUGGCACAGAUGCAAGGCUUUGGGCGAAGGUAUAUUAAAGCCUUUUUGAAAGGAUUCUUUGUUGCUGUUCCUGUGACUGUAACUUUUCUCGACAGAGUGGCUUGCAUAGCAAGAGUAGAAGGCUCUUCCAUGCAGCCUUCUUUGAAUCCUGGAGGAAAACAGGUAUCUGAUAUCGUACUUUUAAACCACUGGAGUAUUAGAAAUUAUGAAGUACAACGGGGAGACAUAGUUUCAUUGGUGUCUCCAAGAAACCCAGAGCAGAAGAUCAUUAAGCGAGUGAUUGCUCUUGAAGGAGACAUUAUCAAAACCAUCAGCUACAAAAAGAGGUAUGUAAAAGUGCCAGAUGGUCAUAUAUGGGUUGAAGGCGAUCAUCAUGGGCACAGCUUUGACAGCAAUGCUUUUGGUCCGGUCUCCCUUGGACUCUUGCAUGCUCGUGCUACCCAUAUCCUCUGGCCUCCAGAACGCUGGCAGAAAUUGCCUCCUAAGCUCCCUCCGGAAAGACAGCCUCUUCAGAAGGAGCAAGUAUGACCUCUAUGUAUAUGGUGGGGAAUGAAUGACCAGUGACUGGAAAAGGAAUUGAUGGCACACCUCCACUAAUCAAAGAUCUGUUCAAAUGCAACCACAAAUAGAGAUUUCACUUAAUCACAUUAAAGGGAAUGUAAGUUAUUCUGAAGCAAUUGUGUCUUGAUUUGAAAUAUCAUCUAUAUCAUCUUUCCAAGCAGUCUAAAGUGCUUGAAGUCCUGUAUACCUCUGUAGAUAUGAAAUGAGGUCUAGUUUACUUCAGCAAUGUGGCAGAUCUUAAAAUUAAUAUUGAGUUGUGAAAAUUGGAAUUCAGCCAUAUAAGUUCAUCAUUAUUGCUGAAAUGGAAUAUGUGCUAUAAUGUUUUGAACUGCAGAAUAAUUGUUUGUAUUGAAUGGAUAGCAUUUCUGAAAGAGGAAGUCUUUCUGUAAAAUCAGUCGUAAAUGAA